AUGAUCAAACUGCUAAUUCAGCCCGAUUUGGUCCAUUUGGCUCGUUCAUUCGUGUCAAAGCCUCUGCCAUCAUUAGCACCAUCAGCAUCAACAACGAGGGCACAACAGCAGCUGCAGCAGCCACAGCACCCGGAUCGAAGUAGAAGUGCGCUCACUUCCGAGAAUUUUCAUCAACUCUACAAAGGCCACAUUGUGACCAUUGCUGAACAGAUGCAACGAAGCAAUUCACCGGAACAGUCUGAACAACGUGAAAAACUACACUCAGCAGUAGCCCCACGGACGAUAUAUAAACUGCCGAGAUCUUACAAAAAUAGGGAUGGCUCUGGGAUUUCCGGAGGAAGAGUGACGAGCCGAACAGUAAACGCGUCUCGUUCGACGUCAAAAUGGAGCCCUUCUGAAGAGGUUCAUUUUCUGGAAAUGUCCUUUGAAGUUUUUCAAAGGAUCGUGAUGAUUUUCCUUCAGAAUUUCCCUUGCUCGCAUGUGAUACCUUGA